AGUUGAUGUGUUCAUAUACCAGAGCACAUCAACUUACCUGGGUUGUCGAAUUGAAACAUUCGCCAGACAAGGAUAAUUGAAAACAUGCAAACCUGGAGUUCUAUAGUUUCUAUUUAUCAAUGAUUUGAUGGACGGUUGCACAUAACAUUCAAGCUCGUUUGCUUCAACAUUGGCUCGCUUACGAUAUCAAGUUUUGCUGUUAGUAUGGCUGACUUAUCACUUAAAGAUAUGCUGGCAACGUCGGCGACUAUCUCUACUGUAUUGCAAUUUCUAACCGGAUCAGUAAUUUGCCAUAGAUAUAUCAGGAAAAAGUCAACAGGUGAAACGUCUGGCUUCCCAUUUGUUUCAGGUUUUUUAUCUUGCUUUCUAUGGUUAAAGUACGGUAUUCUUACCAGAGAACAUACUGUGAUCCUCGUCAAUACAAUUGGCUCAGUAUUGUUUUUUUCUUAUGUUGUGAUAUAUUUUACCUUCUCUGUUAAUAAGCAUGUGGUAGUUCGGCAGUUCUCGGCAGUUUGUUGUUUCAUUCUAAUAUGCACUGUCUACUCCAAUUAUGAAGUGGAUUUGGAAAAAGUUAUAAAAGUGAUAGGUUUUGUGUGCUGUUGCGUAGGAGUUUUGUUUUUUGCAUCACCUUUGACUAAACUUGCACAUGUGAUACGUUCAAAAAACACGGAAAGUCUUCCAUUUCCCAUUAUUGUUGCUUCAUUUUUUGUGUCACUACAGUGGUUUAUUUACGGGUUAUUAAUUGAAGACGGAUUUAUACAGAUACCUAAUCUUCUCGGUUGUAUUCUUUCAACGACUCAGUUGUUUCUUUACCUCAUCUAUCCAAGUCGAACGCAGUUUCAAACACAAAACGGUCCUGCAUAUCAACCUUUACGACCUCAAGAUGAUGUUCCUUGAAAUGCCGACCGCCUGUAUUUAAAUAUUAAGAUUUAUUCUAAAUAGUUAAAUGGAGUUAUUGGGAGAUUUUUUUUUUCAAUAUAAACCGUUCAGGUUCAUUGAUA